AUGGCGGCCUUUGCCCGCCUGCUGGAAUGUCUCCUUUGGUCAGCUCGCAAAGAACAGGAGGCAGAAGAGGAGGAGGAGGAGGGACGGAGGACUCACGACGGGCCUCGGUCGCUCCUGGACGCGCCGCGAUGCUUCCAGCGGCCACACGGGGGUGCGGCCGCGUCUUGGGGACUGCGCUUUGGGGCGAGCGCUGUGCAGGGCUGGCGCGCGCACAUGGAGGACGCGCAUUGCGCUUGGCUCGCUCUGCCCGGGCUACCCCCAGGCUGGGCUUUCUUCGCGGUCCUCGAUGGCCACGGCGGGGCGCGAGCCGCCCUCUUCGGCGCGCGCCACCUGCCUGGCCACGUGUUUGAGGCGCUGGGCACCGCCCCCGACGAGCCCGAGGGAGUGCGCGGGGCGCUGCGUCGAGCCUUCCUGAACGCAGACGCACGCCUGCGUGCGCUCUGGCCUCGUGGCGAGCCGGGGGGCUCCACCGCCGUGGCAUUGCUCGUCUCCCCGCGUUUUCUGUACCUGGCGCACUGUGGUGACUCCCGAGCGAUGCUGAGUCGCGCCGGCGCUGUGGCCUUCAGCACCGAGGACCAUCGGCCUCUCCGGCCUCGGGAACGCGAGCGCAUCCACAACGCGGGAGGCACCAUCCGCCGCCGGCGCCUCGAAGGCUCUCUGGCGGUAUCCCGGGCACUGGGCGACUUUGCUUACAAAGAGGCUCCGGGAAGGCCUCCUGAGCUGCAGCUCGUUUCCGCGGAGCCUGAGGUGACCGCCCUGGCUCGCCAGGCUGAGGACGAGUUCAUGCUAUUGGCCUCUGACGGUGUGUGGGACGCGAUGUCUGGCGCUGCUCUGGCGAGACUGGUGGCAUCGCGCCUCUGCCUGGGCCUGGCCCCGGAACUUCUCUGCGCGCAGCUAUUGGACACGUGUCUCUGCAAGGGCAGCUUGGACAACAUGACUUGCGUCCUGGUCUGCUUCCCCGGGGCCCCCAGGCCUUGUGAGGAGGCAAUCAGGAAGGAGCUAGCGCUGGACGCAGCCCUGGGCCGCAGGGUCUCUGGUGAGCAGGCUCCAAAAGCACAGCGGGAGGGGUGGCCGGUAAGCAAGGACACUCCCAUAAUCCUUGCUUCCUUCUCAGAGCUGUAUUCCUCUGCUCAGGAGCCCCCCAGCCUGAACACGGUUUUCAGGACCCUGGCCUCAGAGGACAUCCCAGAUUUACCUCCUGGGGGAGGGCUCUACUGCAAGGUCGCUGUCAUUGCUGAAGCUUAUUCUCGGCUCUGCCAGGCCUCAGGAGGGCGCUGGCAGAAGGGCCCAAAUGGGGCCAGAAAACCCACUGGCACCCAUUCAAACUCUUCCUUGGACUUGGAGGCCUGACAGCUGUUGCCCUCUGGGGACCCUCUGCCACUUGGGGCCUCAAGGUCACUAAGGAAGAAAACUCCC